GCGACCGCUACGUGAUGUCCCACCGUUCCCAACUUCCAUUUGUAUCACACGAUUCAAAACCACAAACAAACAAAAAAAACAAAAAAAACACAUAAUUGCGGCAUUGACCCUCUUGAGCUAAUGAUUAGAUAUCACCAAAUACUCUACUACAAAGGACACAAGAAACAUCAAGAAAGAAGAAGAGAAUAAUGAAGUAUGGUCUGUUAAUCAUAAACUGUAUUAUCCUCGCUAUAGGAACAUGUGGAGGUCCUUUGUUAACUCGUCUCUACUACAACAAUGGUGGCAAACGAAUCUGGUUCAUGAGCUUCCUAUCAACCGCUGGUUUUCCAAUCAUUCUCAUCCCUCUCUUCGUCUCCUUCCUCAACCGUCGCCGCUGCAACCGCAAGAACGUAGCAAACGCAGCAAAAACAGAGCUUUUCUUAAUGGAAACUCCUCUGUUCGUAGCCUCAAUUGUCAUAGGGCUGCUCUCAGGACUUGACAACUACUUAUACUCUUACGGAUUAGCGUAUCUCCCAGUUUCCACUUCAUCCCUAAUAGUCGGAACUCAGUUAGCUUUCAAUGCUCUCUUUUCUUUCUUGUUGGUCAAGCAAAAGUUCACUCCCUUCUCUAUAAACGCUGUCGUUUUGUUGACUGUUGGUACUGGAAUCCUUGCGUUGCACAGCGAUGGAGACAAGCCGGCUAACGAAAGCCACAGAGAGUAUGUGAUUGGGUUCUUGAUGACUCUGAUCGCAGCUGUUCUGUAUGCUUUCAUAUUGCCGCUCGUUGAGCUCACUUACAAGAAAGCUCGACAAGAGAUCACUUUCCAACUUGUGCUCGAGAUUCAAAUGGUUAUGUGCCUAGCUGCUACGGGCUUUUGUGUUGUUGGCAUGUUCAUCGUUGGAGAUUUUAAGGUGAUAGCAAAAGAAGCAAGAGAGUUCAAGAUCGGAGGACCUGUGUUUUACUAUGCAUUGAUAGUGAUCACAGGGAUAAUAAUGCAAGGCUUCUCCUUAGGAGCCAUAGGGGUUGUGUUCUGUGCAUCGUCUCUAGCUUCAGGUGUUCUCAUAAGUGUUCUGCUUCCGGUUACAGAGGUUUUAGCUGUCGUUUGUUUCCGGGAGAAGUUUCAAGCUGAGAAAGGUGUCUCUCUCUUCCUCUCUAUGUGGGGAUUCGUCUCUUACUUCUACGGCGAGUUCAAAUCCGGCAAGAAAGUUGUUGUCGACAAACCUCAGCAGCCGGAGACAGAGCUCCCUACUCUUCCAGUUCGUGAUUUUGCUGCUUAAAUGUCUUCAGUAACUGUGUUGUUUUGUUUUUUUUAAUAGCAUGAGUUAUUUAGUAUUUUGUUAUUGUUCUUUGUGUAUAAUUAAAUGGUCUAUAUAUACUCUAUAGUGUAAAUGUAUAUGUAUAAAUAAACUUUAUAGAUAUGUAAUAAACGAACAGUUUUGAUAGA